AUGAGUGUGUCUUAUGAUUAUUCUGAUGUCAGAGAACUUCCAUAUCAGAAUAAUUAUUCAUAUUCCUAUUUUAAUAACAAAAGCCUAAAUAACAAAAGCAUAUUAUCUUUGAUGGUUGUUGUUACUACAUUACUUGGAGCAACAUCACUUUCGAUGUCUGUAUUAUAUCUAUGUCAGAAUAAAUUGAUUUAUCCGUCAUGGAUCAAAGGUGCACGUAACCAUGUAGAAAACCCUGAAAGUUUUGGUAUACCGUAUAAAAGAAUCAAAUUAAUUACAAAGGAUAAAGUUUCAUUAGAAGCUUACGAUAUGAGAAUUAAAAAUUCUCUUAAGGAUGAAAAAAAUCAAAUUAAUACCACUGUAUUGAUCUUAUGUCCGAAUUCAGGCAAUAUUGGGAACUUUUUACCCAUUGCUUAUAAAUUCUAUAAUUUAUUUAACUUCAAUGUUAUUCUUUAUUCAUAUCGUGGGUACGGUAAUUCUAAUGGUUCACCUUCUGAAACUGGGUUGAAAAAAGAUGCAGAUUGCAUAAUGAAUUAUUUGAUGAAUAAUAAAUAUCAUCAAAAUAAUAGAAUCCUAUUAUAUGGUCAAUCAUUAGGUGGUGCUAUUGCAAUUUAUAUUGCUAAUAAAUAUCCUAAUUUCAUUGAUGGUAUGGUAAUAGAAAAUACAUUUUUAUCAAUACCAAAAAUGUUAAAUGAUCAUUUAAAAUUUAAUAUAAAAUUUUUAUUACAUGAAAUUUGGAAUAAUGAAGUUUUAAUUAAUCAACUUCGUGAUGAUUUACCAGUUUUAUUCCUAAGUGGUUCCAAAGAUGAAAAAAUUUUACCCAAGCAAAUGGAGACUUUAUAUGAUAAAUGUUCCAGCGAUGAUAAACUAAUUCAUAAAUUUCCUAAUGGUAAUCAUUAUAAUACUAUUAAUCAACCCAAAUAUUGGGCAGUCAUUGAUAAAUUUUUAAAAGAAUUUAAUUAA